UCGUCUAUGGACAUGCCAUCUACCAAUCCUUCGUCAUCUUUUUGAGUGGAGAUCAGAUUCUAAAACUCCAUUGUUGAUAUCUUGUACAGAAUUUGGUUUAUUUCAUCCUCAUGCAAUGGAGAUAUCUAACGACUCGUCGAUCAAGAAACCGAAGAGGUUGACAUCGGUCGUUUGGAAUCACUUUGAGAGGGUCAGAAAGGCUGACAUUUGCUAUGCUGUUUGUUUGCAUUGCAACAAGAAGCUCAGUGGCUCGAGUAAUAGCGGAACCACGCAUCUAAGAAAUCACUUGAUGCGAUGUCUGAAAAGAUCGAAUUACGACGUUUCGCAACUGCUUGCAGCCAAGAGAAUGAAAAAGGAUAGUUCAGGUGGUCUUGCAAAUAUCAGCUUUGAUGAAGGACAGAGAAAAGAUGAGUUUAAAUCAGCCAUUGUGAAAUAUGAUCCUGAUCAGAGAAGGGAUGAAGUAGUCACCAUUGCAAGUAGUAAGUUCGAUCAAGAGCGGAGUCGGAAUGAUCUCGCUCGUAUGAUCAUAUUGCACGGUUAUCCUUUGUCUAUUGUCGAGCAUGUCGGGUUUAAAGUUUUCGUCAAAAACGUUCAACCGUUGUUCGAGGUGUUACCCAAUAGCACUAUUGAGCUUGCUUGUAUGGAAAUCUAUGAGAAGGAAAAAGAGAAGAUCUUUGAAACCAUUAACAGAUUGCAGGGUAGAAUUAAUGUUUCAGUUGAAAUGUGGUCUUCACCAGAAAAUAUGGAUUAUUUAUGCUUGACUGCACAUUAUAUCAACGAGGAUUGGAAAUUACAGAAGAAGCUUUUGAAUUUUAUCACGCUCGAUUCUUCUCAUACCGACGACAUGCUCUCGGACGUGAUUAUUAAAUGCCUGAUGGACUGGGACAUCGACUGUAAGCUAUUUGCUCUGACAUUUGACAAUUUUUCGACCAAUGACGAGAUAAUCAGAAGAAUUAACGAACACAUAUCGAAGAAAAGGCCUCUUUUGAGUAACGGUAGACUCUUCGAUGUAUGCUCUGCUGCACAUACCAUGAAUGCAAUCGCUGAAGACGUGAUAGAAGUGCUGCGAGAGAUUACCCAAAAGAUCCGAGCGAGUUUUAAAUAUAUCAGAAGUUCACAAGUCAUUCAAGGGAGGUUCAAUGAGAUGGCUCAUCAAGUUGGGAUCACCAGCCAGAAGAUAUUGGUCCCUGACAGUCCUGGUCAAUGGAACUCGACAUAUUUCAUGCUCGAGACCGCCAUCGAAUACAAGGCUGCGUUUAAUCUUCUACACGAGCAUGAUCCUGAUUACGCGUCGCCUCUUACUGUUUUGGAGUGGGAAUGGACAACUAAUGUUGCUGGCUAUUUGAAACUUUUCGUCGAAAUCAUGAACAUCUUCUCGAGCAACAAAACUCCGACUGCAAAUAUAUACUUUCCCGAGAUCUGCGACGUUCACAUUCAAAUAAUCGCUUGGUGUAAGAGCUCGGAUAAUUUUCUCAGCUCCCUUGCAUCAAGAAUCAAGGCUAAGUUUGAUAAAUAUUGGAGAAAAUGUAGUCUAGCUUUGGCAGUAGCUGCAGUUCUUGACCCAAGAUUCAAAAUGAAACUGGUCGAGUACUACUAUUCGCAGAUUUACGGUAGCACGGCCAUGGAUCGAGUCAAGGAAGUUUCGAGUGGUAUCAAGGAACUUUAUGAUGCAUAUUCAAUCCGCUUUACAUCGGUUGAUCAAGGUUCAGCCUUGCCUGGAAGCGGUUUACCUGGGACGAGCAACGACUCAAGAGACAGACUAAAAGGCUUUGACAAGUUCCUUCAUGAGACAUCCCAAGGUCAAAAUGUGAUGUCUGACUUGGACAAAUAUUUAGAGGAACCAGUGUUCCCAAGAAACUGCGAUUUCAACAUACUAAACUGGUGGAACGUCCACACGCCGAGGUACCCGAUCUUGUCCAGGAUGGCUCGUGAUGUAAUCGGAACUCCAAUGUCAAGCAUUGGACCCAAGAUGGCAUUCAGUACAGGAGGUCGAGUUCUCGACCGCUGUCGAAGCUCCUUAAGCCCAGAUACUCGUCAAGCUUUAAUAUGCGCACAAGAUUGGCUUCGUUUAGAACUAGAAGAUCCGAGGCCGUUGUCUUCGGCUCCUUACAUACCGUUUCUGCUCGGGACCGAUUGAAUGUACAAAUAGGUGGCUGGUGUCAUGUAAAUAUCUCACUCACUCCAUUGUUUUGCUUUGUUUUAUCAUGUUAGAUUGAUGGAUCUGUUAGUUUGUGCAAUGGCUUUUGAUUGUUUUUGAGGCCAUGGCCUUGUCCUAAUGAAAGCUCUGUUGUG